AUGAAAAGAAUUUUUGGAAGUUUCACCAAGGGCAAGGGUUCUCAAAAACGGCCCAAUGAGAAUCGCGAGUCAUGGGCUUCGAGUAGUUCAUAUGCUGGGGCUAGCCAGUCCGUUUUGAGAGAACCCUCUUGGGAAGAUGGAGAUAGCACUAGCCCGUCCGACUCCAAGACUCCAUCUAAUCCAUAUGACUCUAAAGCUCCAGUCAACCCGUUCGACUCCCCGGACGAUGACCCGUUUGCGUUUCUGUCAUAUUUCGACACCGUCUUCGUCAUCGAUGACUCUGGCUCCAUGACAGGCAAGUCUUGGGAAGAGGUAGCCGGCGUCCUUCGAGCCAUCACGCCAAUUUGCACCACCCACGACAAGGACGGCAUCGACUUGUAUUUCUUGAACCAUAAAUCAAAGAAAGAGAAAACACCCGAGGGCAAAGCACCAUACGGGUACUACAAUAUCGAAACUCCCGAAGAGAUAACGGAAAUAUUCGAUAAAGUUAAGCCCAACGGCGAUAAAUCCAGGGAUAUCGACGACGUCAAGCCAAUCAACAUCAUUGUCAUUACUGAUGGCGAACCUUCAGACGACCCAAACCCUGUCAUUACAAAGUACGCAAAGGAUCUCGAUAGACUUGACGCUCCAGUGCAUCAAGUCGGCAUCCAGUUCUUCCAAGUUGGGAACGCGCCUGGGGCAGCACGGGCGUUGCAAAGUCUAGAUGACCUCUUUGGACCUUCGAGCUCGGUCCGGGACAUGGUGGACACGGUGAGCUGGGAUGCCAACCCCCUUAGACCAUUCCGUCCCAAGACCCUUUCUGCAGACACCAUCCUCAAGGUAGUUCUCGGAGCAGUUAUUCGCCGCUUGGAUAAGUUGCCUGCUGUGAAGAAUUUCUAA